AUGUUCGCCCACGCCCGCCAACGGUGCGCGCAAAGCAUCGCACAGCCCUCGCUUCAAUCCACUGAAUCAAUUCCGACUUUCCUACUCCCCGCUCUUACCCGGCCCGUGGCGUCGAGGACCUUUACCACAACCUCACCAUGUAAAUCCAAGAUUGGCUCACAGCCGCUCUCAAUACCUUCGGGAGUUACUUUUCAAGUGAUAGCGCCGUCGUCUAAAAAUAUGGGAUCGAGAGUGCAGGCCAUGUCGACAGUGCGUAUUAAGGGACCGCUUGGCGAGCUGUCAAUGGAUGUCCCACACUAUGUCAAUAUCAAUACAGACUCGGGCCAGUCAGGGCCAACGUUGACUAUACAAGAUUCGACGGAUGCAAAGCAGAGGGCGAUGUGGGGAACGACGCGCGCAUAUCUGCAAAAUCACAUCACAGGCGUCAGCGAAGGCCACAGCGCUAUCCUGAGCUUCGUUGGCGUCGGCUUUCGUGCCUCGGUUGAAGAUUCAGCUACCACAGUAAAGCCGGAGUUUCCAGGUCAGAAGUUUGUCAACCUGAAGGUUGGCUACUCUCACCCAGUCGAACUGGGCAUACCGAAGGGUAUUACGGCGAGUACACCGCAGCCAACGCGUUUGCUACUCGAGGGGCCGGAGAAGGAUGUACUCAAGCAGUUUGCAGCAAACAUCAGGAAGUGGAGGGAACCUGAACCCUACAAGGGCAAGGGUAUCUUUGUGGACGGGGAGACGAUCAAGCUGAAGAACAAGAAGAUCAAAUGA